AGCCGGAACAUUUGCUCACAUACCAUGAAUUUUCUCUUAAUCUUUAAUGGAUAUUUUUUACACAGAGAGUUCAUGGGUGUUAGGUGAGGCAAAAUGGGAUAAAGUGAGACUAAACUUAUAUAAUAUUGGGAGGGUAGGGGGGGAGAAUCAUUAAUUAGUUAAGCCUAAAAAACAUAAAACUAAAGUAGUUUAAAAUUGAAGUUCAAAAUAACACAUGCUAAUUAGGUUGGAUGAUGGAUGAUUAGAAAAAGUAUAUAUAUAAAUGGGCCAAUUAUUUAGGCAUGGUCUUUUCCUGUUGAUCUUGUUAACUCUAUCCAGGUAUGUAUGCAUGGUUUUGGUCCUCCUUUUCUAGAAAUUUUAAGUAUAUGAGGAGGAUAGCAAUACUACAAACAGCUUAGCACACGUUCUAGAUAGAGAUUUGGUGAUGAAUAUUCUUAAGGCUAAUUAUAGGAUGUAAGCCUGAACUAUAAUGCAACUUGGUAUGAAAAUAGUUAGUGAUUGGUUGGAUAGUUUGAUGGUGUUGAGCCUUCCCAAUCGGACUAUAAAUUGGCCUAAACUCAAAAUGGAGUUGCAUCAUCCUUCCAAAGAAAAAAGAGAGAAGAAAAUUAACAAAGUGGAAGGAAAAUCAAAAUGGCUCUGAAAUUAAGAUUCUUGGCAAUGCUUUUGUUCUUAUUGUUAGCAUCUACAGCUAAAGCUAAUCCUAGUGUAUUUGAUGUGACAAGUGCAACAUACGGUGCAAAGCCUGGCUCUGAUGUCACAAAGGCCUUGGCCAAGGCUUGGAGUGAUGCAUGUGCAUCGCCAUCGGCAAGUAAAGUUGUUGUUCCGAGUGGGACAUACAAGUUAAAGGAAGCAACUUUCAGAGGCCCCUGUAAGGCUCCUAUUGAGAUGCAAGUUCGAGGCACAUUGCAGGCUCCAGCAAACGCUGGCCAAUUCACAAGACCGGAUACUUGGGUUGGUUUUCAGUACAUUGAUAAGCUCACCUUAUCAGGUGGUGGGACUUUUGAUGGCCAAGGAGCACUUGUUUGGGGUCAAAAUGACUGCCACAAAAACAAAAAUUGCAAACCAAUGCCCAUUAAUCUGAGGUUCGAAUUCAUCACCAAUUCCAGAGUUCAGGACAUAACUUCACUUAAUAGCAAAAAUUUCCACAUGCAUGUUUUUAGAUGCAAGUACACUACAUUUCAACAUCUUACCAUCACAGCACCUGAAGAGAGCAUAAAUACAGAUGGAAUCCAUAUCGGGGCUUCAACUGGUGUCAACAUUACUCAUGCAAAGAUUAGAACUGGGGAUGAUUGUGUUUCUAUUGGUGAUGACUCCCACCAAAUCACAGUGACUGAUGUUACUUGUGGGCCAGGCCAUGGCAUAAGCAUUGGAAGCCUUGGAAGAUAUAAGGAAGAAAAGGCUGUGACCGGGAUCAUAGUUAAGAAUUGCACCCUGACUAAUACGCAGAAUGGUGUGAGAAUCAAAACAUGGCCAGAUUCUCCUUCUAGCAGUACUGCCUCAGAUAUACACUAUGAGAAUAUUAUCAUGGUUAAUGUCAGUAACCCUAUCCUCAUAGACCAAUUAUAUUGCCCAUAUACUCGGUGUGACCAAAAGCCUCCGUCAAAAGUUAAGAUCAACAAUGUCAGCUUCAAGAACAUUAAGGGCUCAUCUUUCACUCCACUUGCAGUCAAGCUUGUAUGUAGUAGGGGCCUACCAUGUGAGAAUGUGAAGUUGACUAACAUUGAUCUCACCUACAGUGGAGACCAAGGCCCUCUUACCUCUCUGUGUUCUAAUGUCAAGCCCACAAUUACUGGCAUGAAAAAGGCUCUUGCUUGUGCUACAUCGUCCUUGGCACCUCUUCCUUUAUCCAAGAAGUAG